AUGAACAGACCAGGCAAAACUUCCUUUCAAGUGGAAUUUACACUCUUUUGGGGAAGACAGACAAACCAGUCAUCAAAAAGAAAUCAAGGUAUUUUUGUGGGUUUCAUUUCAGGUGCCCUAAUGCAUGAGUUAUCAAAUGAUGGUGCUCGUAGACAGUUUGAAUUUUAUCUGGAAGAAAUGAUCCUGCCUCUCAUGGUAGCUAGUGCCCAGAGUGGAGAAAGAGAAUGCCACAUAGUAGUCCUUACAGAUGACGAUGUGGUUGAUUGGGAUGAAGAGUACCCACCACAGAUGGGAGAGGAGUACUCACAAAUUAUUUAUAGCACAAAAUUAUAUAGAUUUUUCAAGUACAUUGAAAACAGAGAUGUGGCCAAAUCGGUUUUGAAGGAGAGGGGUCUUAAGAAGAUUAGAUUGGGAAUAGAAGGUUAUCCUACCUACAAAGAAAAAGUAAAGAAAAGGCCUGGGGGCCGCCCGGAAGUGAUUUACAACUAUGUCCAAAGACCCUUUAUUCGAAUGUCGUGGGAGAAGGAAGAAGGAAAGAGUCGGCAUGUAGACUUUCAGUGUGUAAAGAGUAAAUCUAUCACCAAUCUUGCCGCAGCUGCCGCAGACAUUCCCCAGGACCAGCUGGUAGUCAUGCACCCAACCCCGCAAGUGGAUGAGCUGGAUAUUCUCCCUAUCCACCCCCCUUCUGGCAACAACGACCUCGAUCCUGAUGCACAGAAUCCAACGCUGUGAUGCUCGUGUUCCCUGAAACCGUCGCAUGCUCCUCUUCACGGUGACGCUGCGCUCUCCUCAUCCUGCACUGCAAGGCCGCUCUCUUCAUCGUGAGAUGCACAUGACAAUGGUUAGGAUACUGCAGUGUAGGCUUUUUUAAAGACCAAAGGUAGCUGAAUGGUUUUUUAAAUGAGUACAACUCUAGCAUCUUGAGGUUCCAGUUAUACAAAUGUAUUUGUUUACCAGUAGGUUUGUGAAAUUGGUUCUUUGUAUGGGGGACAGUCCUUUUUCACACAUCUAGAUAUUUUCAGAAGUGGUGAAAAUUGGCAGCUGGGGUAUUUUGGAGCUUAGAUUGAUAUUCGUCACACCCCAGACAAAAUGCAGAAUAUUAUAUAGUUGCACUUUAUAAAUGGUGGUUCAAUGGAACUGUUCAAGCCAUUUUUAUAGUUGUGAUGCACAAUGUAACUGAAAUAAGUGCUUCUAUCAAAGUAUUCCUUCAGUAAAAUGUGUAUAGCUUGCUGCCCAUGAUGGGCAAGAGUAUUUAUCAUUGGGCUUAUCUGAGUGAUUUGGAGGAGAUCCAAUGCCCAUAUCUUAUUUCUCUCCAGUGCCGUUUUUGCCCUUUUAGAGUGAGUCACAUGCGGGAAGUGUGAACAUCAGAGGUGGUUUAUUAUCCAGUCUGCCUUACCCUUAAUCUGUUCAGAUAUUUAUUUACUAAUUUUUUUCCUUAAGAGUUAUGGGAUAGGGAAAUGAAGUGUUUGCUCUUCAUUUACUAAAUGAUUGUAAACUCAAGUUUUUCAUCAAAAUAAAAUUCCAUUGUUUUAAUGUUUCUGAUCAACUUUAUAACCAUCUUGACCAGAUCCUUAGUCUCAUAAUUAGCAGAUUUCCUGUCUUGUUGGUAUUAACAUAACUAGAAACUACCUAGUAGCUCAUGGAACUCCUGAUUUGGUUUGUGUGUGAGGAAGCACUUAGAUUGAUUCCCUACAAAUCCACAGUAGUGUUUGACUGAAAAAACAUUUUCUAGUCAAACCUAAGAAGAAAGGUGAAAUAACUUUAUGAGGUUAUAGGAUAACCUUAAGUUACAGUGUUUUUGUCCAUUAUACUGUGUUGCUCUUCUUAGCAAACUAUUUGUGCAAGUGCUUUUUAAAAAGAUACUCCGGAAGGAAGUGGAAGUACUUAAUGUGUGAAGCCACACAACCGUGAGCAGAGAGGAGAGGAGUUGUAGGAAAGCAGCCCAUUGAAUUUGUAAUUUCACAGGAUUCGAAAUUUGUGUUUAAGCAGUAACAUCACUGUACUCACAUAAAAUUGCAAUAAUUUGGAGAUUAUUUUAACAGUACAGCGAGGCUACUAACAGGAAAAUUAUGUAAGUCCUGGAACUGUUACUGAAGGCCAGAAAGGCACUGUAAGUGUUAUUGGCAUGGAUUGUCCUGAAACAGCCACAGUAGAAAACUGAUCCAGCCCUGCAGCACAUAGGAUUUUUUCUAUUAUUUGAAAUGUGAACAGUAUUUAUAGAACAAGGGAAACAUUUAUUAAAAAUAUUUAACUGUCUA